AUGAAAAUUAUUCGAACAUUUUGCUAAGCCAAAUAAUUGUUGCUUAGUGAUAAAUUAAAACUCACAAAAUACUUAAAGCUCGUUCAUCAGACUCCUGUUUCUUAUGAGGGUGUAAGAAAAGCACUUGGAUAUGAUGUUAUUCUGAAUAAUAUUAAAUUUGAAGAGAAUCAAUCAGACAUUUUUCCAUUGACAUUAAAAUUGAUUAAAAGAGAUAUAUCUUUGUUUGACUUCAAAGAAUUCACGACUUAUUUGUCAGCCAUAAAUAAUUAUAUUUGCUUUUCAAAAUCUCCAUAUCCUUAAAAUGAACAGGAAUUUUAAGAUGCUUUGAGAAUUAUACUUGAUCAUGGGACCUUUAUUCAAAAGUUCUUGACUCUUCAACACAUAGUAAUAUACUUUGAUUCAAGAAUUACUCUUUAUUGUUAAUUAGCCACUUAGUUAAAGGAUUCUGUGAGAGAUCAUCAACCAAAAAACACAGAAGAAUAAAUAUUAAAAUUAUUUUGGGAAUAAAUUGAUAUUUAUGAUUAAGAGAAGAUAGAAUCACUAAUAGAAAAAUAAAUAGAACCACAAAACCCAACAAUGAAAAUUGAUGAAAGAAUAAAAAAAGAAUUUAUAGAUCUUAUCGAUGUCUUGUAAGUAGAAUGCGAGCAAUACCAUUUAACUACAUAAUUGGUGAUUUUUGAAAUAAUUUCCAGACUAUAUUUUGAUUAGGUAAAAUUAUUUUGAAUUAUAGGAUGUUGAAAUUAGUGAAAAGAAGUAAUAAUAAAUCUAUUAUGUUGAGAAGUAAUGUUAAUGCCAAAUAGAGCAGAAUCUAUCUUCACUAAAUAACUUUCAUCUUGUCCUUUACACUCAUAUGUUAAAUCUAAAUUAACAUGAAGUCAAUAUUCUGAGUUGGGAUAAAAUUAUAGUAUAAAUAAUUACAUUUAUCCUAGAAUGAACUGACCAUAAGAGACUUUGCUACGAUGACAAUAGAUGAUGCAUUCAAAAUAUGGUUAUUACUAUAUGAAAUCGGAAGAUAAAAUUCGACUGUUAAUGAUAAAAUUAUAGAGUAAAAACAUAUAUAAUUUAGAAAAUUAAUGAAUUAGAUUGAGUUGAUUUCAAAUAAAUAUUACGUAUUAUUAUGUGAAUUAUUAAUUGAAACAAAAAAUAGCAAAACUGUGGAGUUUUUAAAAAAAUGGUAAAUUUCUAUUGCAACUUAUUAGGUAUCCAAAAAUUGAUUUAGAAAAUGAGACACCUCAGAAUUUGUGUGUAAUUUUAGAUGCAUUUAAUUCUGCUAAAUUAUUAAAUAAGUUGGUUUUAGGGAAAUUUCUGAAUGCUUUGGAAGACAAAAUGGAUCAGUUGGAUGAAAUUUAUAUUGAAAACAUCUUAAUUAGUUUAGUUGAUCACUAAUAUCAACAUGAAAAAACAUUGUAAAGAGCAGUCCAAUUUGAAUUAUUUGAGGUAUUUGAUAUAAAAUUAAUGAUUAGAAUACUUCAAAGCAUUUCCUAUUGGGACUAUUGCAUUAUUGCUAGCUGUAUAAUUAGAGCCAUCCAAGAGUAAUGGAAAUCCAGGAAGUUCUUGCAUAAGUCUUAACAAAAGAAUAUGAUGAAUCAAUUUUAAUUGAGUUGCUGAGAAUUUUGAUUACUGCAAUCAGAAGAAAGAAUUCAUAACAUAUUGAAAUAAUACCAGAAUUAAAGCCAUUUAUUAAAAAGUUUCUAGAAUCAAAAGAAGGAAAUUUAAUGGGUUAAGAAUCUUAAUUCAGAAGUGUAUUAUAAAGGUUGUAUAAUAUUAAGUGA